ACACUAAGCCGGAAGUUGUGGAAUGGAAUGUUAAUAAAUGGACAGAACACUUUGGUGUUAUCGGAAUUCUAAUAUACCGCAGAAUCCAUGAACUGUUGCUGCCUCUUCUUAAACAAAGGCUUUCUGUUAAAGAACCUAUGAUGGAUGGUAAUCAAACAAAGAGAUCACGGAGCAGAAGCUCUAGUAUUACAGAAAGGAAAUCUGUGAAAAAAAAGAAAUCGAGGUCCAGAUGUAGAAACAGCAGCAGCAGUCCUUCACCUGUCCGUAAACCGACAUCAUUAGCCAAAUAUCACUCACAGUCCCCAGAGUGCCGAAAAAAAGACCGGCGAAAAAAGAAAGGAAGAAAGAGGAGGGCAAGCACGUCGUCUUCUUCAUCAUCCGGGAGCUCCACAUCAUCUACAUCAUCAUCUUCGUCCUCAUCAAAUUCCUCCUCAAAUGACUCAAGUGACAGUGACUCAAAGGCUAAACAAAAUCGGUGUCAAAAGAAGAAAUUAAAGCACAGGAAAGGGAAAAAGGUGAAAAAGAAGAAUAAGAAAGUAAAGAAAAGUUCUUCUUCCAAGCUAAAGAAAAAAGAACCCAAAAUCAAAACCCAGGAAUAUCUUCCUGGUCCAUCUCCAGAUUUAUGCCAGAUGGUGUCUGUGAAAGACUCUGGUCCAGCUUUGACUGAUCUCCAAAAGACUCGGAUUCAAGCAAUGAGGCCUAUGACUAAGGAAGAGUGGGAUGCACGUCAAAGCGUUAUCAGGAAAGUCCUUGACCCAGAGACUGGGAGAACGAGACUGAUUAAAGGAGACGGUGAAGUUCUUGAAGAGAUUGUGAGCAAAGACCGACACAAGGAGAUCAAUAAGCAAGCUACACAAAACGAUGGUCUUGCAUUCCAAAUGAGAUCUGGGUUGAUCUAGCGUCUGGGAUUUCAGUAAUGUCUUCUGGAGGAUAUGUCAAGCAUGUGGUUUUGGUGCACCUGUUUGAAUGCAGUGGACUGAUAUAUAUUGACUUAAAGGAACACUAAUGUCUAUUUACGGUUUAAACCGUUUAAUUUGUGGGGCAAAUUGCACUCUACAUUUAGUUUUCCUAUAUUUCAUACGUGUGAUACAUUUCCAGUAAGAGGUGAAAACUGAAUGGAAGACAUGGCCUCAUUUAAAAUCAUAGUUAAGCCUCCUGGUACUCCUGCUUUAAACUAUUGGUUUGUAUGUUUGUGCUCUAUUGUGGUGUGACAAAAACAGGCUUAAAGGCACACUCUGGGUUGGAUCAGACAUUUUUUUAAUGGUUUAUAUAAACGGAGUUAAAAACAAAAAACACUGUGUCCGCUUUUGCUUCCAAUUUCCAUACUGUGCAGCAUCUGAAGUGAGCUUUCAUCAAACCAAGAA